AGCGAAGCGUCAUUUUCCGCCGCGGUGCCACCCCGGGACGCCGCUCCGCGAGGAUACCGGCCGGGAGCCUGGAGCGGGGCAGCCUCCGCCCCUCCCUGCAUCCGCCCCGUCCUGCGAGGCGGGACGUGACCGCUCCCCGCUGCCCGGCGCGCAGCAGCUGCCCCCUCCCAGCGGAGCCGUGACCCCUCCUCCGGCUCCGCCGCCGCCCGUCCCGAGGAGCGAGCCCGGCACUUGUUGCUGCCGCGAUGGUGACCGGCCCGGCCGAGUAGGGACCGCCGAGCCCUUCGGGUAGAGCAGCGCCGAGCCCGGCCCCGUUCGGGGCAUCGCGGGGUGUUGUCUCCCCGCAGUGACGGCGCUUCCCGGGCGACGCCAAGACUUUGGUCUCCGCGUGGGAAUCGCGCCCGGCAUCACCGCCCGCGCCAGGUGGUCCCGGCGGGCGGAGGGGGCACCGCCGCCCGCCCCAUCCCUCGGCUGCAGCCAAGAUGUCCUUCUUCAACUUUCGUAAGAUCUUUAAGCUGGGCGGUGAGAAGAAGAAGAAACAAUACGAGCAUGUCAAGAGGGAUUUGAACCCGGAGGAGUUCUGGGAAAUCAUAGGAGAGCUGGGCGAUGGUGCUUUCGGUAAAGUGUUCAAGGCUCAGAACAAAGAAACUAAAGUUCUGGCUGCUGCAAAGGUGAUAGAUACUAAAUCAGAAGAAGAACUUGAAGAUUACAUGGUGGAGAUUGAUAUUUUAGCAUCCUGUGAUCAUGCUAAUAUUGUCAAACUCCUAGAUGCUUUCUACUAUGAAAACAAUCUGUGGAUCCUGAUUGAAUUUUGUGCAGGAGGAGCAGUAGAUGCAGUAAUGUUGGAGCUUGAAAGGCCGUUAACAGAGCCACAGAUCAAAGUGGUGUGCAGGCAGACACUGGAAGCACUGAACUACUUGCAUGAGAAUAAGAUCAUCCACAGAGAUCUAAAAGCUGGCAAUAUUCUUUUCACAUUAGAUGGAGACAUUAAACUAGCGGAUUUUGGAGUAUCAGCUAAAAACACCAGAACAAUACAAAGAAGAGACUCCUUUAUUGGCACACCAUAUUGGAUGGCUCCAGAAGUAGUAAUGUGUGAGACCUCUAAAGACAGACCAUAUGAUUACAAGGCUGAUAUCUGGUCUCUUGGCAUUACUUUAAUAGAAAUGGCUCAAAUAGAGCCACCUCACCAUGAACUGAAUCCCAUGCGAGUGCUGCUGAAAAUCGCAAAAUCUGACCCGCCAACAUUGGCACAGCCUUCAAAAUGGUCAUCAGAUUUUAAAGAUUUUCUGAAGAAAUGUUUGGAAAAGAAUGUAGAUGCAAGGUGGAGUGCAAGUCAACUUCUACAGCAUCCAUUUGUUACUGUUACUUCAAAUAAACCAAUAAGAGAAUUGAUUGCAGAAGCUAAGGCAGAAGUUACAGAAGAAGUUGAAGACGGUAAAGAUGAGGAUGAAGAAGAAGAAACAGAAAAUUCUCUGCAGUUACCUGCAGAGAAACGUGCAUCCUCUGAUCUUAGUAUUGCCAGCUCUGAAGAGGAUAAACUUUCACAGAAUGCUUCUGUCCUGGAAUCUCUCUCUGAGAAAACAGAAAGUAAUGCCAUUGAGGACAAAACAACUGGAGAUGAAUCUGAGGACAUUAAAUUUAGGAAAACAGCUGAUAACAUACACGAUACUCCCAUUAGCGAUGUGAAAGUGCAGAAUGGUUCUUUGCCAACUGGCGAAGAUGAGCAAGGCAAAAUGGUGCCAGCAGAAAAGAAUACAGAAAGCCUGGAAAAAAUGCAUGAGGAUAGAGAACCCCAGAAAGGAGGUAAAGAACUUGAUGUGGAAAUAAAGAAUGAACCUAACUUAAUAAUAGAGAAAGAAGAUUCCAUGGCAGAUGAACAGAUAGAAGAUGACAAACUGAAAGUAGUACCUGUAACUGAAGAUAGGGUAGAAACUGAAGAAGGCAUUUCUAAGGAAACUGGUGAAAAAGAAGAGAAGGGAAUGGAUCUCUUGGAUGGUGAGGAAGAAAAGGUCCCUGCAGAAAAUAGAGAUACAGAGCAAAAGGAAGAUAAAGAUGAAGCUCAGAAAGAGGCAGUAAUACAUACCACUACAGAAGCUCUGCCUAAUGCUACAGUUAAAGUGUCUGAUGAAGAAAAGGAUCUAAUAAAGCAUGGAAUUGACAACAUUAAGGAGAUAGGUGCUAUUGCUGAAACACCCAUCAGUGAUGGGGAUAAAAUACCUGAGCUGGAGGAUAAGCCAGUGGAAAGUCAGGCUAAGCAGGUCCAUGAGAUAAUCAGCUCUGAAGAAACUCUAUCAGAAAACCAAGAUACAGUGGUUGAAGUAGACAAGAAACUGGCAGAAAGUGAAAAUGAGGGUAUCAGUAAUAUAAACAGCACAGAGGAAACACAGAUCAAAGACUCUGGAAAAGAUAUCGUAGACCAGAAGGCAUUACAGACUAAACCUGAGGAUAUUCCUGAUAAACUGGUGGAUAAACUGACUGGUAUGGACCAAAAUUCAGGAGAGCGUGGACCUGAGAAUAUACAGGAAACCAACAUCCAGGUAGACAAAGAACAUCCAGCAGUUACCUCAGAUGAAAUCAUCAAGAAUAAGCUUGAAGACACUGUCAGUGAACAAGCUGAGGACUCUGAAGUCACUCCAGUCCCCAGUAUUAGUAUUAGCACUGAAGAAAAUGAGAAGGUCAAAACAGAUAAUCAAAGCAAUACUGAGACUUUACAGCAACUGGAAUCGGAGAAUUUGAAGGAAAAUGAUGCAGAUUCAGGCACUGGUUCUACAGCUGAUAACAGCAGCAUUGAUUUGAACUUGUCCAUUUCUAGUUUCCUUAGUAAAAACAAAGAGACAGGAUCAAUAUCUUUACAGGAAACUAGAAGGCAGAAGAAAACGUUAAAGAAAACUCGGAAGUUUGUUGUUGAUGGAGUAGAAGUGAGCGUAACCACAUCAAAAAUAGUUACUGAAAAUGAUUCAAAAAGUGAAGAAAUGCGAUUUCUACGACGUCAAGAGCUCAGAGAGCUGAGACUUCUUCAGAAAGAGGAGCAGAGAGCCCAACAGCAGCUCAGCAAUAAGCUUCUGCAGCAGCGAGAGCAGAUGUUCAGGCGUUUUGAACAGGAAAUGACAAGUAAAAAGCGACAGUAUGAUCAGGAGAUAGAGAACCUGGAAAAGCAGCAGAAGCAGACAAUCGAGCGCCUGGAGCAGGAGCACACAAAUCGCUUACGGGAUGAAGCAAAGCGCAUCAAGGCUGAGCAGGAGAAGGAGUUGUCCAAAUUCCAGAAUGUGCUGAAAAACAAAAAAAAAGAGGAGCAGGAGUUUGUGCAGAAACAACAACAAGAACUGGAUGCAUCUCUGAAGAAAAUAAUUCAGCAGCAGAAGACAGAACUGGCCACUAUUGAACGAGAUUGCCUCAACAACAAACAGCAGCUCAUGAGAGCCCGUGAAGCUGCAUUCUGGGAGCUGGAGGAGCGGCACCUACAGGAGAAACACCAGCUCCUCAAGCAGCAGCUCAAAGAUCAGUACUUCAUGCAGAGGCACCAGUUGCUUAAGAGGCAUGAAAAAGAAACAGAACAAAUGCAGAGGUAUAAUCAACGCCUUAUAGAGGAGUUAAAGAACAAGCAAACUCAGGAAAGAGCCAGACUGCCUAAAAUCCAGCGAAGUGAAGCAAAGACUCGGAUGGCCAUGUUUAAGAAAAGUUUAAGAAUCAAUUCAUUUGCCUCUCCAGACCAAGAUCGUGAAAAAAUUAAGCAGUUUGCUGUUCAAGAAGAAAAGAGGCAGAAGAAUGAGAGACUGGCCCAGCAUCAGAAACACGAAAACCAAAUGCGGGACCUUCAGUUGCAGUGUGAAGCAAACAUCAGGGAACUGCAUCAGUUACAGAAUGAAAAAUGCCAUCUACUGGUUGAGCAUGAGACUCAGAAGCUAAAAGAGCUGGAUGAAGAGCACAGUCAAGAACUGAAGGAAUGGAGAGAGAAAUUGAGACCAAGAAAAAAGAUGCUGGAAGAAGAAUUUGCCAGAAAACUGCAGGAACAGGAAGUUUUCUUUAAAAUGACUGGAGAAUCCGAAUGCCUUAAUCCUUCAACACAAAGCCGGAUUUCCAAAUUCUACCCAAUCCCCAGUCUUCACUCCACUGGGUCGUAACUCUGGGAACCUCUGGAGGUUUUUUGGUGUUUGGAAUUCUCCCUCCUUACGGUCUAACCCGACUUACCCGCGGCGUAUGAACAUCGGGGACCUCGCGUGUCUUGUUUUCAGUGGAGACAAUCAGUGUCAGGAGCGCUUUCUUCACUCCCCUGAACAGAAGAAACAAACCAAGUAUUGGUGUACAGUGGUAUUGUAACGUCCUUCAGAUGUUUCAAGACUAAGUGGGCUUUUUAUCCCAGUCUCUAAAAGUACAUUACCUAUGAUUUUGACUUUAAGCCUGAAAUAUUAAUUAUGCUCUUUCUCAUCAUAAAAAAAACGGUUUCUCAUCUGAACAUUUAAAUGGUGUAAUAUUAGUUCUGCUACUGUGCUUUUAAGCAUCAGAUUUCUCCAUGAGAGAAUUCCACAAUUGAAACUGCCAUGAGAGGCUGAAAAUUUUUCUAAUGUGAGCAGUGUCUUCAUGGCAAGGACUGAAACUAAUUACUAAGAACAUGCCAGCAAUCAGAAACACAAACCCUUAUGUUUAAACACAAUUGGCAAAAGCUUUUGCAACUUCUUUCAAAAGAAACCUCUGGCAUAAAUUAAACUGAGCUGAUCUCCAUGACAUGUUUUGUCCAUUAGUUCCAUAAUGAAAUGGGGUGCUAGUUUAAUUAAUACAGUGCCUGAAACACUUAGAUAUGCUGAUCCUGGCAACAGGAUACUGUUUUGUCAUUUAAAAACACAAAACUCCUUAGCGUUGCUGUUACUGUACAAAACAAGAUUUCUUGCUGCUACUGCCAUUUUUGUUGUAAAUCCUCACCCUAAAAUAUUUUGCACUAAAAUAUGUAAAGGUGAAAGAAAUGCUAACUUUAAAAUGCACAGUUUAUUAUUUUCUUUAGCUAUUACAUACAGGUGGUUAGUUCUACAAAUUGAAAAACUGUAGAAUGUAUUUUUUAGAAAGCGGUGUGCAAAAUGCACGUGGUUUCUCUAACUGUACCUGGAAUGGGUAGAGCCAUUGUUCUGUUCUUACCAAAGUCUGUUCAUUUGAACUCCAUCACAGAAGUGGAGCUGGAUGGUCAUAUUUAUAAAUAACCAUGGCUAAAGUCUGAUUUCACUAGAAGUGUUAGUUUCAUUUUUUUUUUUUUAUUUUAGUCAUUUUAUUUUAAGGAAAGAUUUAAGUUAAAUAUACAGACAAACUUCUCUAUGAAGCUGGGUGUUUUGCUUUUGUGUUGCCACCUACUAACAUAGGCAGGUUUUAUUUUUUGAGUUCCUGGAUGUUAAUAACCAUAAGUUAUUUGCCUGACUGAUCUGUAGUGGGAAAUCUGAACUGUGUCUCCUAUAGCGGGGUAGGGAAAUACAGCUGUAUUAGGUCACUUUUGCUGCACUCCUUUUGGUGGAUGGAGGUUGAGUCAUAUCAAGACAGUGUUAGAAGCUGUACUUGGGUAUGUUGGAGCUCCAUUUGUAAAAUAGUAUUUGCUUUCUGUCUUUUGAGGCCCGAUGUUCUCUGAUAUCUUUGGGCAUCAACUGCACCUAUUUUGUUUGCUUGCUUUGACCAUGCAACUGGUGCCCAUUCCAUGGCGUUCAUUUUAUGGGAACAGUGUUGCUGCAUGGCAAUGAACUCAGAAAUUAACAUAGGACUUUAAUCAGCUCUGGUUGAAACUUUGAAUGCUGAAAUCCUUGGAUGUUGAAGCAGUAUCUUCUCAAUGAAGACAAUUUACAGCACAGUAAAAAGAAAAUUGGAAAAUGCAUGUUUUAAUUUAAAUUUUGUAACUUUUUGAUAGCAUAAUUACUUUAAUAGCUAGCCUUAAUUUCUGGCAUUUUAUUAUUUUAAAUGUGUAUUGUGUACUGUUGUAAAUUCACGCACCGUAUCUUUAGAAUGUUGUUGCUAAAUGCAAAGUUUUUUGAAUUGUUUGUUUAGUAGGGAGAAACAAGUCUUUGAAGACCUUUUGCUUUUUAAGCUCCACCUUCAUAAAUUGACUAAGAUAACAUUAAAUAAUCUUCAUCUCUA